UUGUACCCCCUUAGGGAACGCAAAAAGAGACGCUUAUCCGAAUGGGAUGGACAUGAAAGCAAAGGAGAGACAGACAAAUGGAAUCCCAGUGGCUCGAUCACAAAAGAACCAAAUCGACGCCGGGACGAGUUGAAGGACUGGAUGGAACAAGCCCAGCAGAACUCCUUUAAUAAAUCUCAUGAGACCUCAGUCGGGUUAAAGCUCUUCUUACAGCCCGCCGAGGUGGAGAAACUGCACGAUUUUGAAGAAGAGUGUGUUGAUGACUAUUGGCGAAGAGUCCAAAAGAAUGAAAAAUUGGAAGCAGAACGCCGUGAGGAUGCCAUCAACAAAAAACUGGAUCAUUUACAAUUCCGUAUUGGCGAGAUUCACAUGCAUCAGAAUCAUCUACGGGGCAUGGUUCACGUGAUGGAGGAUCAUAUGCGCACGUUGGACGACAGUUGUGUGACAAGACCUCAUGCCACCACUCAAGCGUCCGUUCCAGUUGACUACGAUUACACUGCUCCCGCAAGCCCUCAACCAAUGCAGAAGGAUCUAAUAUUCGCCCAGACAUUGUUGUAUCUAAUGGCUCAUAAUUCGAAUCAGACAAGUACUCCCGAAUCACCGACUCAACCUAGCGCAAACUUGACCGAGAUUCAAAACUAUUUGAUGAACUCUUUGCAAACUCAGAUUGCUCAAAUGAAACAGGCUGGAACGACACCGCCACCGAACGCAUUGAUUCGCCCUCAAAUUUCCACAAAAUCGUGUUCCCGCGAUCGUUCUCCUUCUCCAACUGGUCGCACGGGUCGGCAACAUCGCAGCGGACGGACUGAGCACCGGCUUCCUUUGUCUGCUCCUAGCUGGCGAGGAGAUACCAUAGCACUAGAAAUCAAACGUCCUGUUCAUCUUGGCCGUUCGCUCCAUGCAUCGUAUCGUGGUCAAGAUUAUGCCUAUCGUGAAUAUACUACGAUUUGUGACGAGAUUGAUUUAUCUUGUUUGAGCUUUUCCGAUAGCUCCACCACCACACCAACCGGUUCACGUACCGACCUCUCAGUUAUCGGUACAGGUCUUUCAGAUGGAAUUGCCUCUUUACGAACUCCCAAAACACCCUCGUUUGUUGUACCUUCUAUUCAAAUUUCCGAGGACCGUAACCCGAUCAUUCCAAGUCCCAUACCGGAAUCAGACGAUGUCUUGAUGCCUACAGUAGCCGCUAGUGCUGCUCCCGUCCCACCCACCUCAUCGUCAGUGAUGAGAUCGGGGCCUUCUCCAGGCGUGGUUGCAGGAGAUGCGAGCGCAAUGGCCCAAACACCUUCAUCACUGAGUUCAAAACAUUCACCGUCAGCACUGCACAGCUCAUCUCAGUCGCUGAACACGGCCAACAGUUCUGCUGUAAAUAGACUUCGUGCAACGAGCUGUACCGUGGAUCUAGGUGUCGUGCAUCCAUCGGAUGAACAACCUUUCAGUUUCUCGGCUCCGGAACAGUUAGAUGAUUCGUGUGAGUCCUUCGUUCUCAGAUUUCAAAAUUGGGAUUACAUUUUUCGAUCUAUCUAG